CGUUAGGGAGGGGCGGGGCUCAGGCAUGGACUGGUGCAGAUCCUGUAACGCUUGUUGGGAGACUCCACGCCACUUGGUUAUCAGAACUUCAAGCUCAGAGAGGUUGUUCUGAAAAAUUUGUAAAUGAAAACAGUGGUACUAACAAUGGAAUAUCCACUAGUUGUGUACACGUCUGCCCUUAGGGAUGAUAUUGGUAUCAGUCGGAAACAUAUUUCAUCCCUUGGCGCCGAUCGAAAAUGGGACAGCCUAUUGGAAAAGAUCAGGUCUGACAGUUCCCUUGUUAACACAUGCAGGCUUCCUGAAAAUAAAGACUCACCCGUAGACUUAAAUACACCACUUCAUUGGGCAGCUAUAGGCAGUGCUCCUUCGGAUGUGUUUGAAAAUCUGAUAGCACUGAACAGCGCAAGGUCACUGAAGAACGCUGACGGCAAAACACCGUAUGAUAUUGCUAAAGAGAACGGACUCGGUGAUAGCAUAGAAGAUAUGUUAGAACUACCACAGAAGGUGAAAGAGAAUACGAAAUAUAUGGAUAAGAUGGAAAAGGGUUUGAAAAAAGCUAUCGAAGGUCGAGUCGCAGAUCUUAUCGAGAAGAAUGGACAACAACUGCCACAGUUAGCAUUUCUGUAUGAGUUUGGUGAAUUGUGGUACGCAGUUCCGGGCAUGUACGGGGGAUUCUCCGUGGAAGAGCAUGCAAAAGGCGUGCAAGCGUCUAGCUGGUGUCGCGUGGCUGGUGGGAGUGGCCAACGACACGUGAUUGACAGGGAUGGAAAUGUGGAGCUUGUUGAAGAGGGUUUCGUGUAAUGGGAACUCAUUUCUGCUUUUGUGGAAUAUGCGUGACUACACAUAAAAAAUCGUGUAUAAUAGGCAUGGCUUUUCAUAUGUAUUUUAUGUAAUGUUAGCAUGAGUUUUCGACAAUGCAUUUUGUGUAAUAGCCUUAGGCAUGAUAUUUUGCUAAGCAUUUCGUGUUAUAUAGAUAUAAAUGUUCGCCAUGCAUUUUAUGGAAUUAACACGGAAAUUCGCUAUGCUUUCUUUAUGCUGUAAUUUUACCUGUUACUAUCCUUUCGUGUAUCUACCUUUAAUAUUAAAGCACAGUUUACUAAUUCGGUAUUAUACAAGCCUCUACUUUCAUUUAUCCCCGAUGUCACGAGUUUAACAUUAUCUUGACUUGUCUAUUUAUUAUGUGUCGCUGUCCACACCAUCCAGUGAUACGCACAACACUUUCACACACCCUCUAUCGUGAUGUCUGAAAAUAACGUAGUCAUCAGUUAAACAAACAUUCUCACAUAUCAGACAUGUACAACUUGUGGCAGGCAACGCGAUCGUUUGACCGAAGUAUAUUUCGUAUCUCUUCUUAUUCUUACUGCUGUCCAACAGUGUGAUUUCUUUUCUUUGCUCCAACACAUUUUUGACAGCUUAAUAAUGUGUUCGAUUUGCUGACGGAUGCCAAUGCAAUAGCCAGAUUCACCCUCAGCCUUUGCAAGGGCAUUGCUGGCUUACAUUCUACGCUCCCUCCAUUCAACUGCAUAAUGCAGAUGUAUGUACAAAGUUGGUAGGACGUCUGUUGCCAGCCUCAAAUGAUGAUUUAACUCACCAAAAUAAUAAUGUUAAAUAUCAGUUUUCUCGGAGAAAGAUCCAAAGCGUCUGCAUCACCCUGGAUCUGCUGGACCUGCAUACAGGCUUCCUGUUGCACAUCAUAGUGAAAUAAAUGUUUAUUUGCAUAAAUAUAUAUACUAGUAAUUAUAUACUCUAUACACUAUUCGGUUGGUUCAUUGUCAUGCAAACGCCGAUUGACGCGGUAUAAGCGCAUUAUUGCGCAAUGAUAGCCCCAUUCAAAUUGAUAUUCGGUAACGUCUGAUUGUGAUUGUGAAUUAACUUACAAAUCCAUGGAGUUAAUUUGAACUGUUACAGUUUGCUCAAGACCACAUCAUUACAUGUAUAACUCACGUUGGCACGAUUUAACAGUUAUCUGUCCACAAAUCUGGAUGUAACUUCACUAAAUAGUGCACAUGUUUGGGUAAUUAUUUCUGACUAUUUUGACUGAAUUAAAUGCUCCAUAUGUAGCAUUUUCUGGUGGAAAGGGUCUGGACAAAUAUAAAAGAUAGAUUAUUAAAU